UCAUCAGCUGACGCUCUUUGGCAUAGAUUGUACACAAGACGCGAAACACUGUGAAUCCUGAACACAUGUAAAUUCAUCUCUCAUUUACACACUGACCUCUUCAUAAAGAUGCAGUUCAUGUUGUUGUUUAGCAGACAGGGGAAGCUCCGUCUGCAGAAAUGGUACGUGCCGCUGUCCGACAAGGAGAAGAAGAAGAUCACACGGGAGCUGGUGCAGACUGUAUUGGCCCGAAAGCCCAAAAUGUGCAGUUUCCUGGAGUGGAGAGACCUUAAGAUAGUGUAUAAAAGAUACGCAAGUUUGUAUUUCUGCUGUGCCAUUGAAGAUCAGGACAACGAGCUGAUCACCCUGGAGAUCAUCCAUCGCUACGUCGAACUACUCGACAAAUACUUUGGCAGUGUGUGCGAGCUGGAUAUCAUCUUUAACUUUGAGAAGGCCUAUUUCAUCCUGGACGAGUUCCUGCUGGGAGGAGAAGCUCAGGAGACGUCGAAGAAGAAUGUUCUGAAAGCCAUCGAGCAGGCUGAUCUCCUGCAGGAGAAUCUAGAUUUUCAGAUCCGUCUGCUUCCAGGUGUUCUGAGUCAGAACGUGUCUCCUGAAUCCUCUGGACUAUUCCAGAGUUAAACCGGAUCAGGUGAACAUGAUUCAGCCACGACAUGAAUACUUUAACGUGCCUGUGUACUGAUGUGUCGCGGCUGUUGGUUGCUGUCCAUACUGCAUGCUGAGCCUCGCCCCCUGCAUGACUUGCCUGCUGGCUCUGCCUCUCUCUCUGCCACCAUCCAAUCAAAGAGCUGCAUCUUGGGGCACCCUGUUUCACCACCACACUGUUGGAUUGUGUUCACUGCAUACACACAUACACACCUCUCUCUCUCUCUCUCUCUCUCUCUCUCUCUCUCUCUCUCUCUCAUUAUAUAUUAUUUAUCUUUGGGGCUGUGUGAUAUCUGUGUGUUUAAAGGAAUAGUUCACCCAGAAGUAAAAAUUCUGUCAUCAUCUACUCAUAUAAGGUAGUGUGUCCAAGCUGUUCUUUUCCUUACAAUGAAAGUGGAUGGUGAUUUUUACUGCCAAACUCCAGAAAUGACUAAAUAAACUACUAUAAAAGUAGUCCAAAAGUCUUUAGAAGUCAUACAAUAGUUCUGUGUGAGAAAGAGACUAUUUAAUCAUUUAAAUGAACUAUUCCUUUUAAAGCUCACUAAUGGACAUUAUUGCAAAUUCUUUCAUUUUAGCACUUCGUCUAUUUAGUUUGCCAUGAAGACAUUCAGGUCUUGUUUGAAACUGUUUUUAAAGUGUUUAGAGUAUGGGUCAACGAUGUAAUGCUCAAUUAUUUUUUUUGUCGCGAUCUGAGUUAUUAGAAAAUACAUAAAAAAUGCAAUUAACGCCAAACAAUUACUUGAAUACACCUCUACUAUAAACACGUUUUUAAUUUCUGAGUUCAAAGUCGUUUGAUAUUUUUAAUCAAAAUUAUCUUAAAGGAAAUAAUGUCUAUGUGGUGUAACCGUCCAGAGAAAGUAAAUAAAUAAAUAAAUAGUAAUAAAAAGUCUUAUUGAAAGCCAUUAAAAAAUUUGUUUGGAAUAAUCUUUUAUUAUUAUUAUUUUUUUUUUUAAAUAAAUAAUAAAAAGCAGUGAAACAACUUUAUUUUUAAAUAUUAUUAUUUGAAAAACUUUUGUCCACAAAAUCAAAGUCAGGUAGUGUAACCAACAUGCAGGCAAAAAAUAAAGAAAUAUAUAAUAUUUGAAAUUUUUAUAAAAAGGCAAAUUCUGUAAGUGUUUUUCAAAAAUGUAUGAAACAAACAUGGCACAGAUAUUAGAUUUCUACAAAGUUGUCACAUGUUUUAAACUACAUUUUUGAAGGAUUUCUCAUUUUUAUCACCUCUGACAACCUUAUUUGUCAGUGACCCAUAACAGUUCAGAACAGACUGGCAUUGUUAUGAAUUAUGUGUGUUUAUUUCUUGAGGUCAUCUGGAAUUCUGUUCUUUCACUGUAAACUACACCAGAACAACCAAACCAACACAAUCACAGCUAUGCAAGUUUACGCAGUUCACUGGUUGAUAAAUGAGUAAAUGAUGUUUGUGUGCACAUGUGGUGAUUUCUUUUUUAGUUUAUUUAGUGCAAAGUUUUUUAUGUAUACAUACACACAUACUUUGGCCCCAAAAGGUAUUUGAAUACUCAAGUGCCACUUAAAUGUACACGUCAUUGCAAGUAGAUGACAAUUUAUCUUCGAGUCUUUGAUUUCAAAAAUCACUAUAGUUUUUGGAGCCUCUGGAUUUCUGACGUCAAUAUAGACGUUUUACACUAGAAAUCCAUUUGCACAUCAAUGUUCAGUGUAAUAUUUAUGAAUAGAUUUUGGUCUAUAUUUAUAGAAUUAGAUUUUAAGAACAAAUCAAUAUUAGCGUUACUUUGCACAGUAAAUGUUAUGAAUCUACCCUUGAAAAUAUUAUCUGUGAUUUGGUCAGUGAUAUUCGUAGGCUGAUUUGAAUGUUAAUUAUUGAGCGUUUUGUAAUGCAAUAGAAAUAAACAAGUUAAAUUUACAUUUAAAAGUGAUUUGUGUGCUUUUAUAAUAGCUUUAUUUUAAAAUUUUCUUUAUAGAGUUUGAAUCUAAUGAAACUUGGCAAGAACAUAUCCAGGUCAUAUUUGGUCCAGAAAUCAAAAUAUAGAAAUAAAUGUGCUUUUGCUUAAAGAAAAUGAAACCUACCGUGGCAAGAAAAAGUAUGUGACCCUUUGGAAUUAGCUGGUUUUCUGCAUUAAUUGGUUAUAAAAUGUGAUCUCAUCUUCUUCAAAGUCACAAGUAUAGAAAAACACAAUGUGCUUAAGCUAAUAAACACACAAACAAUUAUAAUCUUUCAUGUCUUUAUUAAACACAUCCCAUUAAACAAUCACAGUGCUGUAGAUUUAAUAACUGGUCAAUCCUCCUUUGGCAGCAAUAACUUCAACCAAGAGUUUCUGGUAGCUGUGGAUUAGACCUGCACAAAUUUCAGAAGGAAUUCUGGACCAUUCUUCCUUACAGAACUGUUUCAGCUCAGCCAUAUUCUUAGGAUGUCUGGUGUGAACGGCUCUCUUGAGGUCAUUCCACAGCAUCUCUAUUGGGUUAAGGUCUGGGCUCUGACUGGGACACUCCAAAAGUUGGAUUUUCUUUUUUUAAAGCCAUUCUGUAGUGGAUUUACGUCGAUGUUUAGGGUCAUUGUCCUGCUGCAUCACCCAACUUCUACUGAACUUCAGCUGGCACACAGCAACCCUGACAUUAUCCUGUAGGAUAUCUUGAUAAACUUGGGAAUUCAUUUUUCCCUCGAUGAUGGCAAGCGGUCCAGGCCCCGAAGCAGCAAAGCAGCCCAAAAUCAUGAUGCUACCUCCACCGUACUCCACCGUUGGGAUGAUGUUUUCAUGUUGGUAUACGGUGCCCUUUUUACAUCAUACGUAGUGCUGCGUGUUCUUCCCAAACAACUCAACCUUAGUUUCAUCAGUCCACAAAACAUUUUCCCAGUAGCGUUGUGGAGUGUUAAGGUGGUCUUUGGCAAACUUCAGGUGCACAUCAGUGUUUUUGUUGGAAAGCAGCAGCUUCCUUUGUGGUGUCCUGCCAUGGACAUCAUGUAUGUUUAAUGUUUUCCAUAUAGUAGUCUCAUGAACAGAGAUGUUAAACAGUUCCAGUGAUUCCUUCAAAUCUUUAUCUGUCACUCUAGGGUUCUUUUUUACCUCAUUGAGCAUUCUGCGGUGUGCUCUUUGAGUCAUCUUGGCUGGAUGGCCACUUCUAGUGAGAGUACCCACAGUACUAAAUCAUCUCCAUUUAUAGACCAUUUGUCUAACUGUGGACAGAUGAAUAUAUCUUUGAGAUAACUUUGUAGCCAUUUCCAGCUUUAUGCAAAGCAACAAUUUUUGAUUGUAGGUCUUCUGAGAUAUAUUUUUUGUGAGGCAUGGUCCACAUCAGCAGAUGCUUCUUGUGAAUAGCAAACUUGAAAUGUUUGAGUGCUUUUUAUAAGUCAAAGUAUCUCUAACCCACACCUCCAAUCUCAUUUCAUUAAUUAGAUGCCAGGUUUGCCAACUCCUGACUCCAUUUAGAUUAUUUUUGUCAUCUUUAGCCUAGGGGUUCACUUACUUUUCCCACAGCACUGUGAAUGUUUAAUGGGAUGUGUUCAAUAAAGACAUGAAAUAUUAUAAUUGUUUGUGUGUUGUUAGAUUAAGCACAUUGUGACUUUAAUGAAUAUGAGAUCACAUUUUAUGAGUGUUAUAAAAUGCUAAUUCCAAAGGGUUCACAUACUUUUUCUUGCCACUGUAUUUUUAUGACCAUUAAAAUUAUUUUCAUGGAAAUUAAGCACAUGUUUCAAUGCGUUUAAUUUAUGUUGACAGUUAAUUUAGAUGAAAAAUCAUUUUGGAAUGGGAAUCUAUUUGUUGUAUUGCCUUUAUACUGACUUUUUGAUAUCAUUGUAUUAGACUAAUGAUAAUCUAAUCAGUGAUAGUAAUGGGAAUUAGCCUACAAAAAAAACUUGAAAAUGUCAAGUCCAGACACAUUAUAUUAAUCAGAAUUUGUAAAAAACUAUAUAAUUUAUUUUAUUUUGAUUAUGAGUGAAAUAUGACCCAGAUGUGUUUUUGUGCGAUUCACUCAGAGGAAAGCUUGAACACAGUUGAACUGAAUGAAAUUAGUGUUUGUGUUAUUUCCUGUGACCAAUCAAGUUCAUUUUUGCUCUUCCUGCCCAUCAGCAGUCGAGAAGAGAGAAUCCUCCUCUGGCUCGACACAAAGGGGGUGAAACACUAAUUGGGUUUUAAUUCCCACGGGAAUGUUAACAACUCAGUACUCAUGAAUGAUUCAAGACUCUUAAAGAGAAGCAUACAUUAAAUAUCUGUCUAAACAGCACUGAGCUGAUUCUGUCUUUACCCUGCGUUAAAGAUUACAGAGCCAAAGAGAUGUUUAAAAUCCAACUUGUCUGGAGCUGGAAAAUUAUUUUUGCUCAUUAUGUGUCAUUAUCUGACAGUUUUACACUUAAAAAUGUACAGAGCAAAAAAUAUUUUAAUCACAAUUUUUGUAUUGUUUAGUUAAGCAUAUACUAAAAACUUAGUCAAUUUUGUUUGAUUAUGCUUAAAAAACUUUCCAGUUGGGUAAGAAAAAUAAACUUGUUGGAUAUAUUUGAUAUUCUAUAUUUUAUUUUCUACAUUCACUAUUUUUAAUAUUGAAUUUAUACUAAAUAUAUUAAAUACAUUUCUAACGGAUUUCUGCUCAUUACAGUAUAUGCCACUUCAGAAUGUGUUGAAUGUACAUUGCAAAUCAUUUUCUUAAUCAGAAUUUUUGUCUUGUUUUCCUGUAAAAAAAAUAUCUAAACAUCCUUAAAACAAUAUACAUUUACUUUGAGAGGCAAUAUUUUGUUUUCAGAGAAUAUUUGCUGUAUUAAAGAUGCUGUAAGCGAUUUUAGCUGUUCAAACUUCCACAAGACUGAGCCGUUGAUUUAGCCACACCCCAUCUUUCCAAAACACCGCACCAAUACCAUUUAAAACCGACACAAAGCAUGUUCCCACGGUUGUCAAAUACAACAGUAGCAAAAUAGCGCCUGACAACUGACAAAUUAUGAAUCAGAAUAUGGCAUUUUUUUCAUGGAAAAGUAUGCAAAAAAAUGUCCUACACCAUGAAAGAUAUUAAUAAAAUAAGUGUCCUGAGAUAUCUCACCGGUCUCUGUGACAGCUCUGGACUCUGUAAACAGCCGCUUUCUGCCUGUCAAUCAUUUUGCAUGUUAUUGAGGCAUAAUGCCAUUUUAUGCCACGUUGUUCAUUACAGUUGUCAGUUGAGGGCGCUAUUUUGCUGCUGUUGUUUUUGUCAACCUCUUCUGAUCGUGUCAGUCUCAAUAAAUCUCAUUUGGUAACUUUGGAUUGCAGGAUUUUGGAAAGAAGGGCUUGGCUAAUCCAGUGGCUCAGCUUGUGGAUUUUCUAGAACGGCUAAUCGCUUACAGCACCUUUAAGCCUCAAUAAUUCGGUGCAACUACAACACUAUUAGAAUGUGCAAAAUUUGCCGUUUACACAGUCUAGUAAUGUCACAGAGACUGCUGAGAUAUCUCACAAAACUUAUUUCAGUGAUAUCUUUCAAGGAGAGGGAAUAUUUUUUGCAUACCUUUCCAUGAAAAAAAAUAAAUAAAUAUAACUUACAGCACCUUUAAGUUUAUUUUUCUCACCCCAUUUAGCAAGUUGGUUAGAUUCAUGCUUACAAGAAAAAAACUUUCCAUUUGGGUUAGAAAAAAAUGCUUUUUUAACUUUAUUUAAAUAUAAACUUUAAUAUUGUAUUAGGAUAGGAUAACCAACAUAUUCUAUUUUGAAAAUUAUAUAUAUAUAAAGUAAUUUGAGUAAAUAAUAGUAGAUAAUCACUCCAAAUAUAUGUCAUCGGAAGUCAAAUGCAUUGUGAAUCCAGUUUAAUAUUGAGUGUAACAGGUUUGUUCAGUAAAAAAAACACUCUUUUAAUCACAAACUAUUUUCCACAUUUGGGCUCUUGAGUUGCUGUGUGGUUCUUUGGAGAUUUAAAGCUUAUUGAUGUUUCUGAUGACCUGAUGUUUUGGUUUCUGGGUUUUUCAGAAUGUGGUUUUCUAAAGAAUAUAAAGUCUUUGUGGAAUGUAAAUGGUUCUCCAAUCACAUUUUAGAACCUUUAUUUUAAAAUGAAAGCUUUUAAAAACUGAAGCCAUUUAUGCACUUUAAUCUCUUUUUUUUCUUCUUCUGUUGUUCAUGCUGUUCAGGAUGCCAAAGAAGCAGAGACUCCCCGCAGCGUCCUAGAGGAGAUUGGACUCACAUAAACACUCUGAAACAACUGCCUGUCCGCUUAAAUAUGUAGCAAACACACACAAACAUGCACUACUAUGUGUUUAGGUUUUAACUGGUCAUCUCACAUUUGUACUUAGUCUGCGAGUUUAGUACAACACACACAAAUGUGGCACAGAACAGAUUCAAUUGCGAUAUUUCUUCCUCAACAUUUUUAAUGUUUAAUGUUAAAGUAAAACUCAUUGUUUCUUAUAACUGCAUUCUGUUUAACACACACUGUGCUGAUCUGGUUAAUGAAAUAUACAUGAUUAUUUCAUCAUUUGGGUUUAAUAUCAUCAUAUAUCCCUGCUGUAUACACACUACACACAGAAAUCUGAAAAAAACACGAUAAAUUAUCUACACUACUACAUUACAGAUCUUUGGAGACUCAUCACAUAUGAACACAUAAACAUAGUUGUAGAAAAACUAUUAAAAAGGGAUUUAUUCACAAACCAAAGAAUGCUUUUUCCUUUCUUGUUCGUUAGAUUUUAGAUUUUUACUGGUAAACAUCAGCACACUGUGUGUAGAGUGCAUUUGUAAAGCCUGAAACAUAAUCUACGCAAGUGUGUGAACGUAAACGUUUCUAGCUACUGUACUCAAACUUAAUUUCACACAUUGUCACAUUCCAAAAUGUGUCAGAAUGCAAUUAUGUUGCCACAAGGGGCGCUAUGGCAAACAUUAGCUUAACAUUCUUCUUCUACUGUCAGUUUUCUCUUUCUGGAACACUAUUGCUCCCUUAAGUUUGUUACUGGUACUGUAACGCAACACCAUAUUCUUGCAACCUGUUCAUAAAACAUUGACAUUUGCGUACUUGCAUAGAAUUUGUUUCUACUCUAAAUCUGCAUUUAAUCCACUAACCUGAACAACCUCACUGAUAAUCCACUGUGUAAUGAAGGCAACUAACCCUCGACCACUGUUAUAUUCACUGUAUUACUGCACACAAGUCAUAAAAUGUAACGAAAUUACAGUUUAUGUCUAGGCAAAAUAAUGUUUCACAAAACUUCUCAGUCAGUCUUUAUACGGAUGUUUUAUCAUGCCAGUAUUGUUACUAGUUUAGUUGCUGUUAAAGUGCAUGCUGUUCCACUAUAAACAAGUAUUUAGCAUGCGUGCAAUGACUAGAAGGUUUUUACAUGUAUGGUGUGUUCAACACAAUCGUAAAAGUGUGUCUGUACAGAUGUGUUACCUACAGUAGCAGUUAUUUUGUUUGUUUUCCCUGUUGAUCACAUGAUGUAGUAACAGCCAAUGUAAAGAAAUAACAUCACACACAGUUGUUAUUCUGUGAUCAACUCUAAAUAUUAGAUCCAAAAGCCCAUGAUGUAAUCUUGUUUACUCAUGUCUGUCUCGCUCUGGAGAGACGCUUUGUGUUGUCAGAAUGAAAUAAAGUGUUUGCUGAAAAUGGAAUAAAUUUGUUUACAGCUGGUU